GAUUGCAUAUAAAUAUUUGUCCUAAUAUAGUUACGCAUCGUAGUUUUACGCAGAAACAUCAAUACGCAUUGUAAUCAUUAGGCAUAAUUUUUAAAGCAUAAAUACAAAAAGCACAAAUACAAAAACCAUAUCCAUUGAAACUUCUAAUAUCAAGUAACAUAAAUAGUUAAAAGCAUAAUAAUAAAUAAGCAUCAUUCCAAAAUCCAUAAAAGUAUUAUCCUUGUUAUAAAUAAUGCGCAAUGCAUAAAAUGACACAUUGAAAAGUUGCUAUUAAACAGGUGCUAGGCGUUAUUAUAUGUGGGUAAAAUGCAAUUAUUUUUUAUUAAUAAUGAAUGAAACAGUGUUGUCAAUUGUAGUAUAGACAAGUGUUAUUAAUUGUUGUGUAUGACUAAAAAAAUUGUUUAAAAAUGGAAAAUCAAGUGCGUAUAUUGAGGACAAACAAAGGAGGUUUCAAAUUAAACCACAAUGGUUUCAUAUACGAAAAAAACCGGGAGGAAAACAAUAAAUUCUACUGGGUGUGUGAACUACGCCGCAACGAUAAUUACAAGUGCAACGUUCGACUCCUAACCAAAUUAAAUGAUGCACAAAAUCAUGAAAUCAUAUCCAAACAGAUAAAAACCCACAAUCACGAGCCUGAUGCACUAAGAGAAAAGGUUCAAUGCGCCCGUAACAAAAUUAAAGAAAACGCAUUAUUAAAUCCUGAUAAGAAGCCAAUACAUAUUAUAUCCGAAUGCGAAUCUAUGACCACUCCAUUAGUGUUGGCUAAUCUACCAAAUAAAGUUAAUUUAAAACAAACAAUAUACAGACAGAGAAAACGAACAGUUUCGAUAACCGAACCAACAGAUAUACACUUUGAAUUAAAUAAAGAAUACUGUAUUCCAGAAACCGCAGAAGAUCAUAAUAUCCCUAACAAUAUAAUAAUAAUAGAUAAAAAGUAUGAUAAUGAUAGAAGAAUAAUAAUAUUCACAUCAAAGAAACUAAUUACGUUGUUAUGCAAGUCUAAGUACAUAAUUAUGGAUGGAACAUUUAAGGUAGUACCGAAGAUAUUCCAACAACUAUAUACCAUACACGGGUGUAUAUUUUCAGAAACAUUUCCUUGUGUAUUCGCAUUAUGUACCAACAAGGACAAAAAUACAUAUAGCAUAUUAUUUACAUUACUUGUAGAAUACUGCGAGAAAAACAAUUUACUACUAUCACCAAAAUACAUUAUGAUGGACUUCGAAAAAACUGCACAUACGUGUGCCAGACAAGUUUUCGAAAAUACUACGAUAAAAGGAUGUAACUUUCAUCUUGGUCAAAUAAUUUAUCGCAAAAUACAAAAGAAUGGUCUUCAAAAACUAUAUGGAAACAAUGAAUCAUUUGCAUUGGAAAUUAAAUGUUUGUAUGCUUUGGCAUUUUUGGAAGAGUCAGAUAUACCAAUAUACUUUGACGAAUGGAAAAUAACAAAAACAUCACCAACAGAACCAAUAGCGACGUGGUUUGAACAAUAUUAUGUGUGGGGUACUUCAACUUCUCCGCCACAAUUUCCACCGGCAAUAUGGAGUACACACCAACUAACCCAAGAAGAUAUACCCAGGACACAAAAUCACGCCGAAGCAUGGCAUAACCGAUUCGCACAUUUCAAACACCAUCCCCAGUUUUAUUAUUUAGCAAGAAAGAUUACCCAAGAGAUAACACACCAAAUCACAGAAAUUGAAAAGAGGCAACUCGGAAUAGCACCACCUAAAAAAAAGAAGAAAUACAGCGAUAAACUGAAGCGUAUUGACAUAAUUAUUAGUCAGAAAAAUGAUUAUACAAGUAAAAUUGAUUUCCUAAAAGCCAUAGCCAGUAAUCUAAACCUCAAAUGA